AUGGAACCCAACGAUGUGCCGACUGAUUCGAGACAAACCCAGCUCUGUUUGAUAGCCUGGAUCUUUACCGGCAUGGCUAUCCUUACAGUCACGACAAAGCUCUUUACGACAGUAGUCAUCUUUCAAAGACCUGGUUGGGACGAUUUGUUGAUUCUUUUAUCGUUGUUUGGAAGUAUUGUCGCCUCUGCUCUGGUACAAGCGUCCGCAGAUCUUGGUCUGGGUCGACACACAGCCGCUGUCGCUUUAGAACCAGGAGGCGUCGAGAGGAUGGUCAGGACAAAGAUUCUACAGGUUAUUGGUUAUCCGUUCAACAUUAUAGCCUAUAGUCUCCCAAACGUUGCUAUCCUGAUCCUUAUCGAACGACUCGUCGGUAGAACGAAGACGAUAUCUCUUUGGUUCCUACGCGUCGUGGUGGCCAUGCAGAUCUUUCUAGCUUUGAUAUCGGUCGUUAUUAUCUUCGCCCAAUGUCGACCGACAAGGAUGCUGUGGGAUCAAGAGGCAAAGGGGGAAUGCUGGAGUCCUGAUGUCUUCAAUCAUUCUUCUUAUGUUGUCAGCAGCUUCACUGUCCUUACCGACCUUGUGCUCGCCAUUGUUCCGAUCCAUGCGUUUUGGAAACUGCAACUCAAGAGACAGGAAAAGCUAGAGAUCACGUUCAUGCUGGGACUAACAUUCCUCUCGGCUGUUUUUACUAUUAUCAAAGCGACGUACUUGAGCACAUUUAACGAUCGAACGGAUCCGUUAUACAACGUCGUGACGUUGAUCAUCUGGGGCUUGGUCGAGCAAAACGUCGUUAUUAUGGCUGCGAGUGUCCCAACUUUGAGGCCCCUUAUCCGAGUCUUCAAGGACAAACAUCCGAUGCGCAGCGCGGUUGGCUAUAUAAAAAGCGGUACUGGGGUCGAUCCUAAACAUUCGGCGUCCAUUGCUGAGAUUCCCCUUGAUAAUGUGCAACACAGACCUGAGCAACAAAUUCAGCCCAGUUUCGAACGGCAUAGCUCAACAGAAGAGCUAAACAAGAUGGAAGGGCUACUGGACUGGGAUAGUGCUGAUCAAAAGUAG